GCCCCCGCGCUCGGCACGUUGUCAAGCCCUGUGGAUGAAGCGGUGUUCGUGGGACUGUAGCUGCACUCUUGUUUCUCCAGGCCUUUCUCGCUCUCUUGAAACUGCACUGAACCGAAAUUGCUUAUUUCUCCAGGCCUCUCUAGCUUUCUAGAGGCUGCACACAUUGGAUCUGCCUGGUGCUCCUGGAAAAAUUUUUGGCCAUGAAAUAACACUUUACAUGCCAUUGCAGGAAACUUGUAAUUCAGGACUUGUCUUUCUGUUUUGUUUGAAGCUUGGUGAAAUUUUGGUUUUGCUUUCAGUAUGCUGCUGGCUGAUAAACCCGACUUCUGUGCUGAGGAGCAUACUAAAUUAAUUUCUCUUUGGAGCGUGGGAAAAAGCUACUGUGGUUGGUUUUGCAUUUAUGGUUUGAUGUGUUUUGCCAUUCUUUUUCCUAAUGAUAAAACUGUGCAAAUUGCUCUUUCUGAUGGAUGACAUCUGUUGGGUUUGUACCCAGAGAUGCUUUUGGUUUAUGUGCUACAAGGGCCGUCCAAACCUGGAUCAGAAGUUACACAGAGAAGUUCCCAAUGGAGAAGUUGAAAUGUUGCUGUAGUUCUUCACACAAAUACCAGGUUGCUAAGGGAUGUGUCAAUCCACAGACAAUUUAUUCUCUGAAAUGUAUGUCCUAAAGAAGAUGGAAGUUCAUCUGACCCAACCAGUCGUACAAGUCUUCACUACUUUUGGAUAUGAUGGAACUCCUAGAGGAAGAUCUCACCUGUCCCAUUUGCUGUAGCCUGUUCGAUGAUCCUCGAGUCCUGCCCUGUUCCCACAAUUUCUGCAGAAAGUGUCUGGAAGGAAUUCUUGAGGGAAAUGUGCGGAACGUGCUUUGGAGGCCGUCUCCUUUCAAGUGCCCCACAUGCAGGAAGGAGACUCCUGUUGCUGGAGUCAACAGCUUGCAGGUCAACUAUUCCCUGAAAGGUAUCGUGGAGAAGUACAACAAAAUCAAAGUAACUCCAAAAAUGCCUGUGUGCAAAGUGCACAGCGGACAACCCCUUAACAUUUUUUGCCGGACAGACAUGCAGCUGAUCUGUGGUGUUUGUGCCACCCGUGGUGACCACACAAAGCAUGUUUUCUGUUCCAUUGAAGAAGCUUACUCCCAGGAGAAGCGGGCUUUUGAAACCCUGUUUCAGGGCUUUGAAACUUGGCGUUGUGGAGAUGCCCUCUCACGGUUGGAUACCUUGGAAACCAGUAAGAGGAAAGCUCUGCAGAUGCUGACCAAAGAUUCUGACAAAGUGAAAGAGUUCUUUGAGAAGCUGCAGCACACGCUGGAGCAGAAGAGAAAUGAGAUUCUUUCUGACUUUGAGACCAUGAAGCUUGCAGUGAUGCAGGCCUAUGAUCCAGAGAUCAAUAAACUGAACACAAUUCUGCAAGAACAGCGGAUGGCUUUUAACAUUGCAGAGGCCUUCAAAGAUGUGUCUGAACCCAUUGUAUUUCUGCAACAGAUGCAGGAGUUCAGGGAAAAAAUCAAGGUGCUCAAAGAAACCCCUUUACCUUGUUCCACUGUGGACAUCAGCCCCACAAUGAAGAGCUUCGACACCAGCCAGUGGAAUGGAAUAAAACUAGUUGAUGUGGACAAACUUUCUUUGCCUCAGGAAAACAAUGCUGGCAAAUUCAAGAUUUCCUCAGUCUUUUCGCGCAGAUUUAUACUGAACUGUCUUAUUUUCUUUACAAUUAUCUUGUCCUAUUUGGCAGAUAACGUGGAGAUAGCAGAUCAUGCAGUCUUUUACUGGGAACAGAUGACAGAUGGAGCUUCACUUUUAAGAGAAAAGUGUAAAAACUAUACGUUGGUUGUACUGGAUAAUGUUGCAGAGUUUGUGUGCAAAUAUAAACUGUUGUGAAGUCCCUGCUGAAAUAUAAGAACU